CCGCGCUGGCCUGGCCCGGUCCCUCAGCUCCACCCCCUGCCUCCCCCUCCCGCCCGCUCGCGCCUCCUGAAAAGCCAGCCCGCCCGGGGCGGCGGCGCAGAGCCGGGCCGGCGCACGAGGCAGCCAGCGCGGCCAUGACGGCGGAGAAGGCGCUACCCCUGGGCAAUGGGAAGGCUGCUGAGGAGGCGCGGGAGUCCGAGGCGCCAGGUGGCGGCUGCAGCAGCGGGGGCACGGCGCCCGCGCGCGACCCGCGCGACAAGCGCGACAAGGCGGUCCACGAACGCGGCCACUGGAACAACAAGGUGGAGUUCGUGCUGAGCGUGGCCGGGGAGAUCAUUGGGCUGGGCAACGUGUGGCGCUUCCCCUACCUGUGCUACAAGAACGGAGGAGGGGCAUUCCUGAUUCCCUACGUGGUGUUUUUUAUUUGCUGUGGAAUUCCUGUUUUUUUCCUGGAGACAGCUCUGGGGCAGUUCACAAGUGAAGGUGGCAUUACAUGUUGGAGGAAAGUUUGCCCUUUAUUUGAAGGCAUUGGCUAUGCAACGCAGGUGAUUGAGGCCCAUCUGAAUGUGUACUACAUCAUCAUCCUGGCAUGGGCCAUUUUUUACCUGAGCAACUGCUUCACUACUGAGCUACCCUGGGCUACCUGUGGGCAUGAGUGGAACACAGAGAAUUGUGUGGAGUUCCAGAAACUGAAUGUGAGCAACUACAGCCAUGUGUCUCUGCAGAAUGCCACCUCCCCUGUCAUGGAGUUUUGGGAGCACCGGGUCCUGGCCAUCUCCGACGGGAUCGAGCACAUCGGGAACCUUCGCUGGGAGCUGGCCUUGUGUCUCUUGGCAGCCUGGACCAUCUGUUACUUCUGUAUCUGGAAGGGGACCAAGUCUACAGGAAAGGUUGUAUACGUGACCGCGACAUUCCCCUACAUCAUGCUGCUGAUCCUCCUGAUACGAGGCGUCACGUUGCCCGGGGCCUCAGAGGGCAUCAAGUUCUACUUGUACCCUGACCUCUCCCGGCUCUCUGACCCACAGGUCUGGGUAGAUGCUGGAACGCAGAUCUUUUUCUCCUAUGCCAUUUGCCUGGGCUGUCUGACCGCUCUGGGAAGUUAUAACAAUUAUAACAACAACUGCUACAGGGACUGCAUCAUGCUCUGUUGCCUGAACAGUGGCACCAGCUUCGUGGCUGGGUUUGCCAUCUUCUCAGUCCUGGGUUUUAUGGCGUACGAGCAGGGGGUACCCAUUGCUGAGGUGGCAGAGUCAGGCCCUGGCCUGGCCUUUAUUGCGUACCCCAAGGCGGUCACCAUGAUGCCUCUCUCCCCACUGUGGGCCACCUUGUUCUUCAUGAUGCUCAUCUUCCUGGGCCUGGACAGCCAGUUUGUGUGUGUGGAAAGCCUGGUGACCGCCGUGGUGGACAUGUACCCCAAGGUCUUCCGGAGGGGUUACCGGCGGGAGCUGCUCAUCCUAGCCUUGUCUGUUAUCUCCUAUUUUCUGGGCCUCGUGAUGUUGACAGAGGGUGGCAUGUACAUCUUCCAGCUCUUUGACUCCUAUGCUGCCAGUGGGAUGUGCCUUCUCUUCGUGGCCAUCUUUGAGUGCAUCUGCAUUGGCUGGGUGUAUGGAAGCAACCGGUUCUAUGAUAACAUUGAAGACAUGAUUGGCUACCGGCCACCGUCGCUUAUUAAGUGGUGCUGGAAGAUCAUGACCCCUGGGAUCUGCGCGGGGAUCUUCAUCUUCUUCUUGAUCAAGUACAAGCCGCUCAAGUACAACAACAUCUACACCUACCCAGCCUGGGGCUACGGCAUUGGCUGGCUCAUGGCCCUGUCCUCCAUGCUCUGCAUCCCGCUCUGGAUCUGCAUCACAGUGUGGAAGACGGAGGGGACGCUGCCCGAGAAACUCCAGAAGUUGACGACCCCCAGCACAGAUCUGAAAAUGCGGGGCAAGCUUGGGGUGAGCCCACGGAUGGUGACAGUUAAUGACUGUGACGCCAAACUCAAGAGUGACGGGACCAUCGCAGCCAUCACAGAGAAGGAGACGCACUUCUGAGCGGCCACCAGCCACCUGGGGCUCUUCUUCCUUUCUUCCCCCCGUGUAUGUAAAUGAAUUCCUGAACCCCAUACUUCACCUAAUGGUAGGGGCUUGCUUGUUUUGCACAGGAUUUAUUAACAAGUUAAUUUUAAGGUGGCCACUGUACACUGCUCUAAAGUCAUAUCCCCUCCCCGCCCCCAGUCGUCAUGGAAGUAACCACUACAAAGAGAUAACACUGUACAGGGACUGCCAGAUCUUCUGUCCUAGGGCAGUUUUAAUCAAUGUUUUCUAGGGAUUAGGAAGAAGUGUAUAAUAUUGUAAAACUUUUUUUACUGGGGUUGUGGGCCAGGUGGGGUGGGGAGUGAUGGCUGUCCUCCUCUGUCAGCCUUUUAAUGACUGUUCUGUGUCCCAUGUUUGUCUCUGACCAUCCACAGCUGCCCCUCCUCCAUACCCCAGGGAUAAUUUUUCCUUCAAACCUUCCCUUUCCAAGGGACACUGGGUUUGCAGACAGCAAGGCUAUGUGGCAGAGAAGAAAAAGUCCAGCAGACUCAGGACUACUGGGCUGCAGACCCCCCUCUGCCCUGAUCCCAUGAAGUGACCUUGGGCACUCCCUUUCCCUCCCUGGGCUUCAGUUUCCCCAUCUCCCAAAUGGGAGGAGAGCCGGAUUGGGUUAUUUCUUAGGGAUUCUCUUUGUGUACCUUGCUGGCUUCCAGACCUGCCGUGGACCUUGGCUUCCUCUGAAGACUUGCAGGCAAUAAUCUCCGCCCUCCCAGUUGUGCCUCCUCCCCGCCUGCUUAUUUAAAAUCAAGUUUAUCGUAGAAAUGGUGUGGUGUUGAUGUGUGUUUUCCCUAAAACUCUAAUUUCAUCUCAUCUAUGGGUAGCUCUGCUCUCUGGACACCAGUGGGUCCUCAGCCCCCAUGGCAGGGGCUCCUCUGUCUGGCCUGCCUUUUUUUCCUGGUCAGCUGCUCUUAGCCCCAGCUCUGCCUCUCCACCCUUGGCAGGACUGGCUGGAGUUGCUGUGGGGACUGAUUUUCUGGGUGGGGAAGCAGCCAUCUAUUCUUGCAGCCACCCCAGCCAGGAUCUAUGUCUUAGGACCUUCCUCCGGCCUUCCAUGAGAAGCAGCCACAGGGGGCCUGGUUUCCUCCUAAGGCCCUUCUCUGUCCCAGGCCACCUCUUCUCCCUCCUCCUGUCCCCUAACCUCCACCUACCACCAUCCUCUCAGUUCUCUCCCAUCCUUGCCCCUGGUUCAGGAGCCAUUCUACCUGCCUCUGUGGCCAGGCGCAAGGCUACAGGUGCAAUCACCUGUUCCCUGCCACCUUCCCUCCCUUCUUUGGCAGAGAGAAGUCUCAGCUCUCACUAGAGGGAAGACCUGGACAUCCUGCUGGCUCCUGUCUCCGUGGGGCCUGGAGUCUGGUGCUGUUCCCCAGCCAGACUGGCUGCAGACCUCUCUGGCUGAUACCGCUCUUCUUCUUUAAUUGGACUUCAUAUCAAGCCUCUGCCUUGGUUUCUGAGCUAUAUGAGGGUGGGGAAGGCACACUCUUUUUUCCGUUUUCCUUAGGUUCCCAAUAUUAUUUGGUGGAAACGUGGGCUUUCUCUAAACCAAGGCUUUAGUUUCCUGUAAGGUCCUCUGUGUUUGAUUCACCCAAAAGUCUGCAAACCCUCAGCAUCUCUGCUCUGGCCAGCCCUGAUCUGAAGCCUGUGUCUACUAAGAGGGAUGCCCAGUGCCCCACUGGGCAGGACGGGAAGCCUAGCCUGGGCCCCCUCUGUGCACGCAGCUCAGGCCUGCCCAGCUUCUUAUGGGCAAGCCACUAUCUGACUCUCGUCUCCCUGAGCUGUCUGGUUCUGCGGAUCCAGGAAGGGGCAGGCUGGGGCCCGCUUGUGUUUAUCCUUGGCUGCUGUCUUCCCAGCAAGCCCCGGGCAAGAAAGCUUCCCACUGCUGCUGCUACCGGUUCUCCACACCAACUCUCAUGGACACACAGAUCCCUGUGGUCCGCCAUCGCCAACACACACACACAUCGUACAUGUGGCUGUUAACACUUGACUCACUUAACACUACUCAUGGGGCAGGGCGGAGGGUGGAUUGUUGUUUUUUGUUUUUGUAAUUUCCUACUAGUACUUGGGUAACUUUUGGGGCGGGGAGGGCAAUGUGGGGGCAGGGGAACAUGUCAUUGUGAUGACUUUUUUGAUAUUCAUUAGAAACAAUAUAUCCUUUCUGAGAUAUUUACAGUAUUAUUAAAAAAUGAAAAAGGUUGUACUGUUUUGCAUAAUGAACAUUUUUAUUGGGCAUUCAAAGGGUACAAGAUUGUCUGCUUACUCAUUUUUAAAAAUUAAAGAAAUGAACAGUCAGUGUGGCUAUUCC